AUGUUCGGAAUCAACGGGUGGCGCGCUUUGGCGCUGUCCCUGGCCCUCGCACCUCAGGUCAUGGCAGAUAUCUGCGACACGCUCAAGGCCGGCGGUAUUGAGAUCGACCGCCGUCUUACAUUGGACUACACGACCGAGAUGAAAAAGUAUUGGUCUACUGCCUGUGGUGAUCUCAAGCCAAAGUGUAUUGCUGCCCCAUCCAGUGCAGCAGAAAUGGCGCAGGUGAUCAAGAACUUGCACGAUGUGGAUACCCUCUUUGCUAUCAAGAGCGGAGGCCACAUGCCCAACAAUGGAUUCGCUAGUGUUCAGGAUGGAUUGCUAGUCUCAACUAAGAACUUGGAUCAAGUUGACUACAACCCCAAGGAUCACACUGCUAUCAUUGGUCCUGGUCUCUCAUGGGAAAAGGCCCAGAAGGGACUUGACGGCACUGGUCGGACCAUCGUUGGAGGUCGAAUGGGAGGAGUGGGAGUUGGCGGAUACAUGCUCGGCGGCGGCAUGAGUUUCCUGAGCACUCAGUACGGCUGGGCUGCGAACAAUGUGGUGGACUACGAAGUUGUCCUUGCCAAUGGCACUAUCGUCCACGCCACUGAGACCCAACACCCAGACCUUUUCAAAAGCUUGAAAGGUGGCGGUAACAACUUCGGCGUUGUCACUGCAUAUACCAUGCAAACGCAUCCUCAAGACCACAAGGUCUGGGGUGGCAACUAUAUCUUCACAGCGGAUAAGACCCCCCAGGUUCUUACUGCGGUGCGCAACUUUGUCGACAACUACCCUGAUGACAAGGCAGCAAUUAUCAUGACCUCUGAGCGUGGCCUGGUGAUUGACUUCUGGAUUAUGUUCCUCUUCUAUGACGGCCCCGAGCCUCCUGCUGGAGUCUUCGACGAGUUCACUGCCAUCCGUCACACCUCAACCACCAAGACCUGGAACAGCUACUAUGAUCUGCUCAAGCACAAUGACCAGUUUAUUCUCAAGGGACAACGCUAUACCAUUGCUACAGAGACCAUGCCUCUUCCCAACAAGACUGUUGGCACAGACCCGCUUCAGGAGAUCUAUGACCACUGGCGCGACACGAGCAACUCCGUGCUGGGAGUUGCCGGCGUUCUGGGCUCAAUCGCCUUCCAACCUAUGCCGAAGACCUACGCCCAGAAAGCCGUAGACCGUGGUGGAGACCUCUUGAACUUCCCAACCGACCAACCAUACAUCAUUAUUGAGCUCGAUUUCUCCUACGGCCUGUCAAUCGACGAUACCAAGAUUGACGCGGCCACCGUCCAACUCUACCAGGGUAUUGACAACAUUAUCGAGAAGAACAUCGACAAGGGUCUUCUUCCAGAUGUGUACCGACCACUCUUCAUGAACGAUCUCUACCAUCGCGAAGAUUACUGGGGUCGCAUCGACCCCGCGUCUAAGGCGCUCGCGCUGAAGACCAGCAAGGCAUACGACCCCGAAGGAUUCUUCCAGAAGCGGACCAGUGGCGGCUGGAGAGUGCGCGAGUAA